GUGGGGUACUCAAUGGGGAUAGCCCAUCACCCAAAUCCAUAACCCCUCCCCCAACAACACAGAGUACGCGGCGGGAUUCGCAAGUCUCCUCAGAAAGCUUACCAACCAACCAGUUGGCACCUUGCAUGAAAAUAUAGGGUAUAACCAGAUAGAGGAUAAUCUUCGAAAUUGCAGGAUUCAUUUCGAAGCCCCCUACUUUCUCGUUUUCUUGUUGUUUCUGUGGAUCACGAAAUCGGAGUAGAUCAUUAUCGGUUUUGUUUUUGCUUCUCGUUUCUUUGGUAGAGAAAUGGAGAGUUUUAGUGCAAAAGAUCUGUCUACGAUCGGAGGAAUUGCGACUGUUUCGCUUCUCCAUUCCUUCAUUCCUACUCAUUGGCUUCCAUUCUCGAUCGUCGGUCGCGCGCAGCAAUGGACGCUUUCGAGGACUCUUCUUGUCACGGGAUUUGGAGCAGUUUUGCAUGUAAUCUCAACUGCACUGCUUGGUAUAACAGCAGUUACCAUGGCAAAUACUAUUGCUGGCGAGGAAACAGUGCAUAAACUUGCUUCUCUAUUGCUUAUAGUUCUUGGAGGUAGUUAUAUAAUUCUGUUUUUGCGUGGAAAGGGUGGUCAUAGCCAUACUCACAACCAUCCCAUGGAGAAAAUGGCUGUCGCAGGGCUUGUUCUUGUUCCUGCAUUAUCUCCCUGUGCAACCACACUCCCAGUGUUUCUUGCAGUUGGAAACUCUUCCUCCAUGAUGGCACUUGCUGUCGUAGUGCUGCUUUUCAGUACUAUUAUAGUUAUGACCUCACUGGUUGCACUCUCCUACUACGGUGCUAGCCAGCUCAAGUUUCACUGGGUGGAGCGGCAUGAUAAACUUCUUGUUGGUUCUGUGCUCUGUCUGGUCGGAAUCUUAACACUUCUUUUUCACGAUCAUGAAGGGCAUGAGCAUUCUUUUGAAAAUUUGCACAGGAAGUUAAUUGUCCCGUAAGGGUGUCUUCCAUUUUGUUGUAAUCCUGCAAUUUGUAUUUGAUAAGUCGGUUAGAAGAAUACAUUUGGUUAUACUUGAAGGUAGAGAAUUGUGAACUGUUGUUACUUGUGCCAUAACAAUGGGUAUCGAACAGCAAUUCAUUUGCGGGGCAGGUUUGAUUGACUGACCUAGCUCAUUUGUAAAUUGUUUAUGUAUGCCAACUUUGUCUGCCCCAAGUAUGAGGUCGUCAUGAGUCAAAAGUGGUAGAUGACAAUUUCUUCUUUCUCCGUUGUA